CAGUCGUAAGAAAAUGUGUAGCAAUUUAGCAAAGCAUAGCAAAAUUGAGGUUAUGUUUAUUUAUUAUUGAAGACUUUGCAAGUUGUAUCUACAAAAUAACUUAAAAUUAUUCUUACACAAAUAUGUCCAGAAGACCUGAACACCAAGCCCCACCAGAAUUUUUCUAUAAUGAAGACGAAGCCAGAAAAUAUACACAAAAUUCCAGAAUCAUAGAUAUUCAAGCACAAAUGACUGAGCGAUGUAUGGAGCUGUUACUUUUGCCCGAAGACACAUCUUGUCUUUUGCUGGAUAUUGGCUGUGGCUCCGGAUUAUCUGGAACAGUGCUUGAAGAAUGGGGACAUAUGUGGAUUGGAUUAGAUAUAUCUCCAUCUAUGUUAGAUGUUGCUUUAGAAAGAGAAACAGAGGGUGACUUGAUACUUGCAGACAUGGGUGAAGGAGUACCAUUUAAGGCUGGUAGUUUUGAUGGUGCAGUAUCGGUAUCAGCACUCCAGUGGCUGUUUAAUGCUGAUAAAAAAUCACAUCAGCCAGUCAAAAGGUUAUACAAAUUCUUCAGUUCUUUAUAUGCAUCAUUGUCUAGAUCAGCAAGGGCCGUAUUUCAGUUCUAUCCAGAAAAUGAAAGUCAAUUAGAUCUCGUCACUUCACAAGCUAUGAAAGCUGGAUUUUAUGGAGGUGUUGUUAUUGAUUUUCCAAAUUCAGCUAAAGCUAAGAAAUUCUUUCUCGUACUUAUGACUGGAGGUGCAGCACCUUUACCGCAAGCAUUAGGUACUGAAGAAAGUGAUAAUUCUUUACAAAUAAAAUAUGCGAAACGAGAAGCCUGUAAAGCAGCACGAGGGAAACCUCUUAAAAACACAAGAGCAUGGCUUCUUGAUAAAAAAGAAAGGAGAAGGAAACAAGGAAAAGAGACUAAACCUGACACUAAAUAUACAGGCAGAAAAAGAAGUGGACGGUUUUAAUUUUUUAUUUUCUAUAAGUCUAAUUAUAUUGUAAGGUAUACAUAAAGAUACUAAUAAAAUAUAUUUAAC